AAGAGUAAACCUCCUGCCCCUCCUCCUUGGAAUCCUAAUGAUGUUGUGACACAGUCCUAAUGCUGCCAGUCUUUGAUCGGCAGGAGAGCAAGAGUUACUUCCUAAACUUGGUCACUUAGUGCAUUUGAAAACGUUCGACUAAUCUUCGGGAAAUGUUAACUGUGGAAUCUAAGACUGGACAACACAAUGAGAGCUCAUUACCCAGACAAAUGGAAUCGCCAGGCACGCCUGUCCCAUACCUGUCCCACUCUAUUGAAGAUAUACUGAAAAGACCUUCCUAUUUGGUGGAGAGGGAAAUGCAGACGAUUGAAGAGAACAUGUCAGAAAAUACUUGGACACCCAAUAGAAAGGAAGACCUCAAAUCUAGCCAGUAUACAGUUUAUCGGCGGGGUCACAGAAGAGUACGGGCCACAUUCACAGCUGCCCAACUUGAGGAACUGGAAAGAGUAUUUCAAGACACUCACUACCCAGAUGUUCAUACCAGAGACUGGCUAGCCACACGCACCCAUCUGUCAGAGGGGAGAGUCCAAAUCUGGUUCCAGAAUAGAAGAGCCAAGUGGAGACGGACUGAAGUGCAGGAAAGAAACAGCGUCCAGCUGGAGUGCACCACAAGCGAAUACACAUACCCUCUCAAGGCUUCCUGUUUCUUCACACUGCAUCACCUGCCUGUGUCAUUCUACCCUCCUGUUCCUCUGUCUGAGAUCAGCACACAAGAACUGCACCCCUUCGUUGCGUCUCAUCAGUUCCGUGGACUGCCAUACCAACCGUGGUUCUCAAACUUUACACCUCAUCAUGCCAACACACACAGCAAGCAGAUGCGUCUUCCAUCUCAUUUACUGCUUUAUUAAAAUGUUAUGCAAAAAAGACUAUAUGGAGAUUUGACACAGGAAUGUUAUGUACACAGCACUGUUUUUACAAUAUAUGUGUGUGUGUGUGUGUGUGUGUGUGUGUGUGUGUGUGUGUUUUGAUCUGUAAAUGACUUGAGUAAUCACAUUAAACUUUUUACAAAGGCAAACUAUAUGGCAUGGUAGUUGACAAUUCUGUAUCUCUAAGGACUGUUAGAAUCCUAUUAUGUAUAACGUAGUAGACUAACCCAGUAAAC